AUGGAAUCCUAUGACGAGAAUGAUGCCGCGUCGGCUGCCGGUGCUGCCUCGGCUGUCGAGUCCGUCUCGGCUGCUGAAGUUGCUUCUGUGAGCGAGUCCAGCAAUGGAAAGCCGCCUGUCGAGGGCGUUCUUUCUGGUGUGGGCCCCAACGCCGAAGCUGCUCAUAAGGUUGCCCGUGAAAAGGGUUGGACGGAGCCAGUUCCAUUCGAGUACGCCGACCUUGCUAAUAACAAGGAUCAUCGUGAUUGGGCUGGAAUUGCCGCCCGUUAUGAAUGGAAGGACGAUUAUGGUGAUGUCGGCCCCGCAGUCCCUGAACUCGAGGACCAGCUUUUCCGUGGUGAGCUGAUUGCCCGCCCGGGGGCUAAGCUCGACGAGUUGAACAGCUACAAGGUCAACAUCGAGAGCCCUAACGAGAUCAAGGCGGUUACCGAGUGGGCAAACUUUGGUUUGCAUCCGGUCAUGCUCGAGAAUGUUCGUCUCUGCGGGUACGAACAACCAACUGCGGUCCAGUCAUAUGCGAUUCCGGCUGUUCUGGCCAACCUAGACCUUAUUGCGGUGGCCCAAACUGGCUCUGGAAAGACGGGGGCUUUCCUCAUUCCAAUUCUUUCCAAGUUGAUGGGCAAGGCGAGGAAGCUGGCUGCUCCUCGACCUAACCUCGCGGAAAGAUUCAACCCAAGGGAACAUGCCGUUCGAGCAGAGCCUCUGGUUCUGAUUGUCUGCCCCACUCGUGAAUUGGUCACUCAGAUCUUUGAUGAAUCCCGUCGUUUGUGCUACCGGUCCAUGCUGCGCCCGUGUGUUGCUUAUGGCGGUGCUCCUACUGGCCUCCAGCGUGAGGAGCUUCAGAAGGGAUGUGACAUUCUGAUUGCCACUCCUGGCCGUCUGCUCGAUUUCAUGAAGCAGACUCACGUUCUUUCUCUCCGCCGAGUUAGGUACACCGUAAUUGACGAGGCCGAUGAGAUGCUGGACGCGGACUGGGAGGAAGACUUUAAGAAGAUAAUGUCGGGAGGAGAUCUAAACGAGGAUGCUGAUCACCGCUACCUCAUGUUCUCUGCGACCUUCAACAAAGAAUUCCGGGCGCUUGCAAAGAAAUACCUCAGCGAUGACCAUGUGCGCCUCCGCGUUGGCCGAGCCGGCAGUUCGCACCACAACGUUGUGCAGGAUAUCGUCUGGGUUGAUAGGGACAAGAAGAUGCGCGCAAUCUAUGAUCUUCUGAUCAGCAUGCCACCUGUUCGUACCUUGAUUUUCGUCAACAGCAAGGAGCAGGUUGACUUCGUCGAUGAUUACCUCUACAAUUCUGGAAUGCCUACUACUUCCAUUCACAGUGGAAGAACUCAGCGUGAGCGCGAGGACGCUAUGCGUGCCUUCCGGUCCGCAAAGUGUCCUGUGAUGGUUGCUACCGGCGUCUCCGCUCGUGGACUCGAUGUUAUCAAUGUGCUGCACGUUGUGAAUUACGAUCUACCCAGCGCCAUGCACGGGGGAAUCACUGAAUAUAUUCACCGUAUUGGCCGUACUGCUCGCAUUGGCAACGAAGGCAUCGCCACCUCUUUCUUCAAUGAACGUGAUGAGGAGCUUGCCCCGGAUCUUGUUAAGAUCUUGAUCGAAUGCAAGCAAGUGAUCCCGGAAUUCCUCAUACCCUACCGCCCCGAGGGUGACGUGCUGGAGUUCGAUGACGACUCUGAUAAGGAUUUCUUUGACAAGGGAUCUAAAGCUGGUUCUGACGAUGGAUUCGGCGCUGGAUCUGAGGCCGAGGCCGAGGCCGAAGCUGAAUCUAACGCUGGUUCUGACGAUGGAUUCGCCGCGGGAUCUGAAUCCAACGCUGCCGAUGAGCCUGGUGAAGCUGAGGAGAGUGACAAAGUGGUUGCAAACGAUACUGAAGAUGUCAACAAGAACCCUGCCAAUGACGGUGAGCCCGCUGUUGCCAAGCGCACUGUUCCCAAGCCAUCUGUUACAUCCGAGGAGCAGGAAGCUUCUGCAUGGUGGUCGCCUACCCAGCCCUUGGUCGAACGCAAGAAGGUUGGGAAAGAGGAAGACAAGCGCAAGGAGAGCAAUGCUGGUCUGGCCGGUUCUAAGUGGGCCCCGAGACACCCUCCCCCCAAGGACGAAGAUUCGUUCUGGGAGUAG